UUGUUCAGGUAUCAGUUCACACUCUAGCGAGAGGAACAAAUGCAUACAUGUGUUCACCCCCGUGUAUCCACAAUGUUGUUAUUGCUUUUUGUUAGUAUCCUGAGGGCAUUCUGCCCUUGUUCAGGAGAGAAUGGUCUUCUGCAUGCAUACUCCCCUGGGGACAUCAUCAUUGGAGGACUUUUCCCUGUUCACCGAGAAACCAAUAGGAGCACAAUGCCCGGACCACUUAAAUGUAGCGCGUAUGAUUUCAAGUCAUUCCUACACACUCAAGUGAUGAUAUACACCAUCAGAGAAAUAAACCAGCGCACACCAAGGGUUCUACCUGACUUCACCCUAGGAUAUGACAUCUAUGACACUUGUGGAGAUGUCAACUUUGCCAUCAGAGCAACGCUCCAGCUGCUGAAGAACCAAUCAGACCCUGAGAGGUGUUUAGUACCUGCAAGCUUUCAAUCUGCUUUACUUGAACCCCAAACAAAGGCAGUGAUUGGUGAAAGGUAUUCUGAAGUAUCAAUAGCUAUUGCACGAGUUAUUGCUCUGUCAUCAGUGACCCAGAUUAGCUAUGCAUCAACAAGUGAACACCUCAGCAGGAAGAGGAAGUUUCCCACUUUUCUGCGAACAAUAUCUAGUGAUGAGCAUCAGACACGGGCCAUUGCUAAGCUGGUGUACAAGUUUAAUUGGAAAUCCGUGGCCAUUGUAGGAAGUGAUGAUGAGUACGGGAAGUAUGGCAGUGAUAACCUUGUGUACAUCUUCCGUGAAAUAAAGAAAAUCUGCAUUGAAUUCAUUGACAUCCUACCUGGUGACUUUUACGAAGACCUUACGAAGGUGAACGCGCUGGUGAGCAAAAUUAAUAAAUCCUCGGCCGAGGCCAUCAUCAUGUUCACCAAAGACACCAAUGUGGGUCCCAUCAUGCGAGAAGCCAUUAAUCAGAAACUCAACAGGACUUGGAUUGCAAGUGACUCAUGGUCCACCUCUUCAAAAGUCUACCAACUGAAAGGCAUUGAGAAGGCCGGGGAGGUUUUUGGAUUCAUCUCUAAGAUGAACGAGGUGCCUAGCUUCAAAGACUACGUCAUGUCAAUGUUCAAUGGAACCACUAACGCCAUUCUCGAACAUUACCUGACCCAUUAUCCACUUUGUUCUAAUCGGACUGAUGAGAACAGGCAAUGUGACUGUUUUACCACAAACAGCCAACCCGGGUCCGGGCAAUGUCAGGACAUAAGAUGUGUGGCCGAUAACAUUGACCAGGAUGAAUUAUACAAUGUCUACUUAGCUGUUCAAGUCAUUGUUGAGGGUCUCAGACACUUGCUGAAGUGUGACAACCAGCAAUGUAAACAUAGCGGCAAAUUUACAGCCCUGGAGCUUUUUAAGGAAAUCAAGAAAGUCAACUUCACCGUGAACACCACACAUAUAUUUUUUAAUGACAAUGGAGACCCCAGUUUAGGGUAUGAUAUUGUGUAUUGGAACACGACUAAUUCCACACGCAUAGAAAAUGUUGGAGAAUACUGGCCACAUAGAGAAGAAAUCAUAAUCCCAUUUGAUGUUGUUGGAAAGCGCAAAGUGACGGUGACUGCUUACAACUGCUCCAAAACAUGUGCGCCAGGGCAGGAGUUGAAAAUGCAAAGCAAAGAGUGCUGCAAAGAUUGUGUUCCAUGUGCAGAUGGGGAGUUUUCUGCUGGAAAUGGUGAGGAGUGUCAACGCUGCAGUCAAGAUGAGUUUUCAUCUCCACAGAGGGAUAAGUGUUUGAACAAAACUGUUGAAUUCCUACAUUGGGAAGAUCCCUUUGUUAUUAUUUUGAGUUGCUUGGGAGUCUUUGGGAUAUUUGCUAUAUUUGUGUUUGCUAUGUUGUUUACAUUGUAUCAUAGCACUCCCAUUGUGAAGGCUGUUGGAGGCUACUUGUGUUUCUUGGAGCUUUUUUCCUUGCUGGCCUGCUUCUGCGUUAUGUUUACCUUCACAGGAGAGCCCACUAGGGUUAGCUGCAUGGUAGGCCUGCCUGUUUUUGGCCUAGCCCUGUCCCUCUGCAUGGCCUGCAUUCUGGCCAACCUCUUCCAAAUCUUAGUGGGCUUCAACUUUGAUCUGAAGAUAGGGUCCUGGAUGAAGAAGCUCAAUCGGCCGCUGGCUGUGGUGACCAUUGUCUUUGGGGUCCAGUUGGCCGUUUGUGUAUCAUGGCUGUACUUUAAUCCCCCAUUUCCUGAUAAAGAGACACUAAACAAUGCCAUCGUGUUGAAGUGUGACAAAGGCUCCGACAAGUUCUUUAUAGCCAUGUUAGGCUACAAUGGUUUCUUGGCCGUUAGCUGUUUCCUGUUUGCAUUCAAAGGUAACCAGUUGCCAGAUCUGUAUAAAAAUGCACGUUUAAUCACCACCAGUAUGAUGCUGUUUUUAAUCAUUUGGAUCCUUUUAAUCCCAAUUUAUAUCAGUUUGAUUGGGAAGUACAAACGUGCCAUUGAAGGUGCAGCCAUUCUAAUUUCUAGCUACAGCAUCCUCUGCUGUCACUUGGCCCCAAAGUGUUACAUCAUGGUGUUCAGGAAAGAGAUUAAUAAUCAGCACGCCAUCACCGAGUACAUCAGGAAGCAUUAUGAGCAGAACAACAUGGCUGUGAUCAAAUCCUGACCUCGCAUGUACAUUUAUAAAUGCUGUGCGGGUGAUGGGUUACAAUUAGCCGCACAAAAAUCUCUCUUCCUUUGCUGAAUUCACAGCCACUGGUGUUUGGCCAGUUUCUCUCUGGCUCAACGGCACAGACUUAGAUAAGUGCUUAAGUGCUUAAGUGUGAGAGGCUGUUUAAAGGACAUAUUUCGAAACAUAAUUUCAAAAAGAGAUUUAUUCAUUCUAGCACAUUAGAUUAAGUUUAUUAUUACAAUUAUAUUAUAUUAUUAUAUAGUUUUACCUUUAUGAUGGGAAGGGCACUUAAGGGACCGUCUGCCUGAUUUGAACAUCUUACAGAGUGGACGAGUUGUUUCAAACAAUCAAUUUACUCAUUUUUUUCCAAACAACAUCACACACGUCUUUUUCUUGUUACUCCUCCCAUGUUUGUUUGCCAUUAUUUUAACACUUCAGGAUUUCCCCUGAUAGCAACGUUGUUUAACGCCACAACGCUGUGCACCUUGGGUAAUUCCCUGCAGAAAUGUGGACUUGGAAAGGGCCGGGUUAGACCUAAACUGAGUCCGUCUUUGUAUGGUUUUACAUUUUAAAGCAAAAGUUCAACAUUUUGGGGAUUACGUGUAUUCGCUUUCCACUGUCAAAGCUGUCCAUUACAUAUGAAGCUACAGCAAGAAGCCUGCUGUGAACUGAUUAGGAGGAAGGACGUGGUUCAUGGGAGGAAUGGAUGGCUGGCUGCUGUUGGCAGUUGUGAUAUCAGCCUUCUGUGUGUAUGAGUGUAUUUCCCAGAAUGAAUAUCAUCACACACUGUAUGUACACUAGGCUACUUGUGUCUCGCCAUACGCACGACAUUUACUGAACCUUUUUCUCGUAUACAAUCCUUAGAAGUUCUAAAGCUUGUGUCAUUGCAUUUGUUAUCUUUACUGCUGUUAUUACCACUGCUGAUAAAUCAUGAGUUGUUUUCAAAAGAUAACGAACUGCCAUUGUAUAUACAGGAAAAAAAAGAUGGGGAAACUGCGAAAGACACCUUUUACUUUUUGUUUUAUGUCAUGUCCCUGACCUUCAUUGUGUAUCAGUUUUAUGUGUGUCUUUCAGAUAUGAGUCAGACACACUUAACUGACACCUGCAAUUACUGUUUUGCUUUUCACUUCAUUUUGUGUAAAUAUAAUUUGAUAGAUGUUUCACCAUAAAGGGCUAUAUACUGUCAAUGAAUAAAUGUUGCUUUUCUGUGCGAAUACUGCAGUCCUGCUCUUCCUGUGUACCUAGAGGGUUAUUGCGCACAUCCACAGCAUGCGCAGCAGGUGGAUGGAUAUUAGGACACACAGAAUCUGCAGACCAACCUCCACUGUCCGUUGUCCGUGUCUCCUGCGUCAAGUAGUUGUUGGCACCUGCCCGGGCACCCUGCUGCUGGAAGCCUCGGGAUGUGGAGCCACCCAGCUGCAUCUCUUGGAAUGUUUCAGCACUUGGUGGUUCAUCAGAGGUUUGUUCGAUAGAUUUGAUGUCUUCAAAGCGCUGAUGGACCCUCGGAGGGAUUUGCGGGGACACUCGUGGGAUUAAAGGACUAAUUGAGUGAAUCUUCCGGUUGCAUGACCCAGACUGUGGAAGACUUCCCAGAGUUCCCGAUGCCAGGAGGCCAGUGAGACAGAGCAGUCCCCACACUGAUGGAGUCAUGUUGCCUGCGCACAGUUGUUUUCCGUCCGUCCUUCGGCCCACUACCACUGCUGACUAUUUAUACAGUCUGAUCCACGGCCCACAAAGCGUGGGGGAGCAGGAGGCCCAAUCCAGAGACAUGUGGAGGAAGUGAGGGAAGGGGGGCACAAGUGAGGGUGGUCUCACUUCUCUAUGAAGUGUAGUCUGAACUAGAAUUGACUCCAUUUGUCCUGGAUUUAUAGUUACAUUCACAGUCAUUUUUGUUAUUAUAUUAUAUGUUGUAUUAUUUAUUUAAUAAAGAAUACAAUGUGCAUUUCCAUAUAAGACUACAUAGACUAUCUAGACUACUCCUAAAUCAAACAUUGAAGGCAAUAAUCAUUGGUGAAAUAAAACUAUUUUCUCAAGUACUGUACUGUUUAAAGAUAAAGAUUUUGACCUCAUAAAAUAUAAUCAGCUUAUAAAAAAUAAGAUAACAGCAGCUCCACAUCAACCAGAUAAAACAUUAAAGUUCUACUUACACCUUAAUGCAGUGGUCCACUACCUUUUUCCCCAAGGGACCCCUUUUCAUCAUCAUUUAUUGAGUAAGUGAUGACCCCUGACUAAAUGAUGUGUAUUUUAUGGCUAUUCCAGAUUAUAUUCAAAACUGUACAAUGAACCAAUACAGUGAACUACAAGAAGUUUGUGUACAAGGUGGGAUUUGAAUGGAAUUUAAACAGAUUAUUUCCAAUUCUC